AGUAUGCUUUGAGUUUGUUUUCAACUUUAGUCACUAAUGUUUAGUGUAUAAAAUAUAUAGUAGGAAUCAGUAAGCACACAACUCUAUAACUCUAUAUCAGUGAAGGUAAAUCACAUAAAAGCAAAAAAUAUGUCUCGAAUAUCAAAGAUGUCGGUCGUAGAACGGCCAUCGCAAAGAGCCUCAAAAUCAGCUGCAGUCUCCAAAAAGGCACCACCCCGAGACCGUUCCUACGAUGACGAUGCUUUCGUGAGCCUCUUCGCCCAUCGCGGUGGCCGUGAUAUUAUCAUUAUGGAUGCCCAGGGAGUACCCUUGCGUUCCACCUCCUCCCAGAAGCGCACUCUUAUGUAUGUCAGCAACCUGAAACCUCUUCUAUUUAUGGCCCGAAAUGUGGUCAGAGAUCUGGAUCCUUCCAAUGACAUCACCUUUAUGCGUAUACGGUCUAAUAUCGGUGAAAUCCACAUGACCUUGGGCAGUGAUUUUAACUUGAUUGUUGUUCAGAGAUUCCGCCGAAAGUUUGGAACUAAGCAAUAGUUUGUUUUAUUUCUCAAUUAAAUUUAAAGCAAGCAAGUUACAAGACUCGCUAAUGAUUAA